ACAAGCACCAGCAACGGCCAGGCCGAGGGGAACCUUUUUGCUGUACUUAUUUUCGCCCCUGGUUCGCCAUCAUCGCAAUAAGCAAAGAAGGACGACUACGACGACGACGACGACGGUGACUCCAUUUUCUCGUUUCUUGCCCUCGUAAUAAAACAUCAAAGUCGAGGAUGUUUCGGGAUGACGAUGGCCACUUACGGGCACUCUAAAGUGUGUAGUUUUCGCGUUUUGCACCUCGGAAAAAUAUCAGUGAGUGAGUGCGACUAGAGAAAUGGUGCUGUUGAACUGCGACUUCUGUUUUUGCAGCGAACAAUUUUGCACCCCCUGAGGAUAUACGGAAUAAAUUUCUGCCCAGGAAUCAACUCAACUCGGUUUGUGGAUAAUAAGUGCCGUUUCGGGUGAAAAUCAAAAGAAAAUCGUGAAAAACGCACCGUAAAAGUGUCCCAGUUUGUCCCCACAGAAACAGGAUUAGUGCAACGAGCGGAUCCGGAUCCGGACCCGGAAGCCCGAAUGGAAGCAGAAAAAAUGAGGAACUAGCUAAUGCACAGUGAACGCUUGCCGACAAACCUAUAGCGAAAAUAGGCGGCAACCAGAAAAAUACGAGACAGAACCGGCAACGGCAACAAUCCGAGUCGAACCAAAACCCAAAAUAAUCUAGAAACUGAACAAAAAAUCGCUCGCGCGACUGUUGCGAGAAUAUGGAGCAAUGCAAUAACGAUCGACCCUGUGUGAUCAGCAGUGGGAACUUCUUUCCGUCAAAUAACAACAAUAACGGCACGGGCAGUCCGCAGAAGCAAAAACAGCACCAACAUCCGCACCAAUCGUCGCUCCAGCACUCCCCGCCACCCAUCAGCAAGCACCUGACGCAGAAACAUGACCCGAACCUGCACAGUCCGACCGAUCAGUCGUCGCUCGGUGAAAUCGAGGUGAUCCUGGUCCAGCAGCACAAGCAGGAUGCCCUCUCGGUGAUCAUCCACCCGCAGGAGGGCAUGCAGCAGAUCAACAUGUGCUUAAGUGGUUCCGGAAAUCCGGGCUCGGUGGAUUCGAUCAUGUCGACGGACUUCCAAACUCUCUCGCCGAUGCACGAUCGCGAUUCGCCGGUCAGUAUCAGUGCGAACACGUCCUACGCCACGUUGACGCCCCUGCAACCCCUGCCUCCGAUCUCGACCAUGUCGGACAAGUUCGCGUACUCCAUAGGCGGGAACAUCUGCGAGGCAUUCCCGGGCAUGAACAACAGCUCGGUCGGGGUCAACAUCGAGAUCAACUCGUGCUACAACCUGGAAAAGCUGGGCGUGAUCCAUUCGCCCGUUCACAUCAACUCCGUUCAGGAGCUAUCGCCCAAUGAUGUCCACCACGAGCUGGAGAAGAGCCACGUGGUGUUGAAGGACGCCAAGCUUGAUCAUCAUCUGUCCGAUAAGGACGUCGAUGUGGUGGAUGGCAAGAAUGAAUGUAUGCUGGUACGUGCCUCUCCGAUUCCUUCGAAUCUCAGCUCAGUGGAUGAUCGCUUUCUAACAUCGGCGUCCAAAUCCGAUAUGGAUCGCCAGAAGGACGAUACCGAUCAUUUCACCAGUACAGUGCAAUAUCUGGACCAUCCGGGAGGACCGGAUGUGCUCCACGGUGGUGGCGUAGGAAUGUCCGGCGGGGCCGGCCAUCACGGCGUCAAAGAUCACCACUCAACCGUUUUUCUCAACAAGUCUUUCAGUUCAAAAGCAAACAUAAGCGACCUUAAUCUGUGUAAAGAAAUUGUUAUAGAUGAUGUUUACGAGGAAUCCGAACUGGAUCACGUUAAGUUGGAGGAGAAGAAGCUGGAGGAUUCGUUAAACGUGGGCGGGCAUCACUCGUCGUUGACCAAUGGAGGGGGUGGAGGUGGCAAGGGCAGUAGCAGAGGACUCGGCGUGAUGGGAGAAGUUGGCUGUCUGAAUGGGGACGUCGAAGAGAUCAACACCAAGGAGCUGGCCCACCGGAUCAGUUCGGAGUUGAAACGGUACAGCAUCCCGCAGGCCAUUUUCGCACAGCGCGUGCUCUGCCGAUCACAGGGCACGCUGUCCGAUUUGCUCCGGAAUCCGAAACCAUGGUCCAAGCUCAAGUCCGGCCGAGAGACGUUCCGGCGCAUGUACAAAUGGAUCCAGGAGCCCGAAUAUCAGCGGAUGUCCGCCCUUCGGUUGGCAGCUACCCAAUCGGCUAAACCAGCAGCUGCGGUCCAAGUAAAGAAACACGAAGAACCGGAACACAGCGUUAUGGGACACUCCAAGAAACCCCGGCUUGUCUUUACGGAUCUCCAGAGAAGGACCCUGCAGGCAAUAUUUAAAGAAACUAAGCGACCUUCGAAGGAGAUGCAGGUGACGAUUGCCCGGCAGCUCGGUCUGGAACCGACGACGGUGGGCAACUUCUUCAUGAACGCCCGGCGCCGCUCGAUGGACAAGUGGAAGGAGGAAUCGGCGAAGGCGUCGCGAAAUGGGGGAGGGGGUGGCGGAGGAGGCAUGGGUGGAAGCGGAGUCGGAGGCAUGGGCAGCAGCGGCAGUUUGAGUGGUUUCGGCAUGAUGGGCGGCGGCGGAAGCAACAGCAGCAGCAACGACAACCUGAUUCUGGAGCAUCUGAAGGACGACUCGUCCGAUGAUGCCCUCGGGGGAUACGAUGAGUCCUUCGCAUCGGACGGCGGACCCAUGGAGCAUAACUAUCAGCAGCACGUUCUCAACUAGUGAUUAAUUUAAUUUAUUGCGAAAUAAUUAGUAAAAAUCAAACACACACACAACCAAAAUCAGCAAAGCAAGCAAAUAGUAGAUCAAAAUGGGUAAUUAGCGAAGGGGAAGAGCGAAAGAAGAAGGGAGGCGAAAGCAGAUGUUAUCUUAAAUCACACGUGAACAAAAUAAGGAAAUGCAAGCGCUAGUUAAAUGAACAAAAAAAAACACGAUACAAUAUGAAACAAACAACCCAAAACACAUUCAGUAGGAUUAUUCAGAGUACUAAAAGAGAAAAACCAAAAGUAAAGCAAAGCAAAACAAAACCAAAAAAAUCGUAGGUGUGUGGCUAUUCACGACAGCUUGUGAGAAAAAGACAAAAAAGCAAGUAACUCUAAGAAUCUAGUAGGUUUUCUUUGCAUUUUAAACCAAAUUUAAGUUAAUUUAAACUAAAUUAUAUUAAAUUAAAUUAUUAAACUGAAGCAAAAUCCAAAAAACAAAAAAAAAAGAAAUGGGAAUGCAAACAAGUCUAGUCUGUUCUUUCGAGUACACAAAAAAAAACAUACAAGAAAGGAAAAAACGACCCUAAAACAAAUAAGUACUAAGACACACCACUGUACAUG